AUGGAAUCUAUUCUACUUUACGCUGCUCUGGCAGUCCUGACACUCUUCGUGUUCUUCGGCCUGCGUGUAGUAAUCUAUCGUUUGUGCGCUCAUCCGUUGGCCGGAUUCCCCGGACCCAAGCUCGCCGCCGCUACUUUCCUCUACGAGUUCUACUACGAUGUCGUCAAGAGUGGCAUGUAUAUCUGGGAAGUUGAGCGCAUGCAUGAGAAGUACGGUCCCAUAGUGCGCAUCAGUCCCAGGGAACUCCACAUCAAAGAUCCCUACUACUACGAAGAGAUCCACGCCCCAGGCUUCCGUAAACGUGCCAAAGAUCCAAAGUACGCCAUGGCCUUCGGCGCUCCCUACUCCCUCGUUGGAACCGUCAACCAUGACCACCACCGUCUGCGUCGCAGCAUCGUGGCCAACUACUUCUCCAAACGCUCCGUCAUGGAUCUCACCCCCAUGAUCAAUGAAAAGGUCGACAAGCUAAUCGCCCGCUUUGAAGACGCCUACCACCAGGAUACAGUCCUCAAUCUACUGAUGGACUUUGCUGCCCUGACUACUGACGUGAUCACGCACUAUUGCUACGGCUGGAGCUAUGGAUAUUUGGAUGACACGAAGAGCGCGAGUAGCAAUGACCUCGUCGAUGCUGUGAAUGGACUGAUGUGCAUGUUUCACAUCAAUCGCUUCUUCCCGAUUCUCAUCACUAUCCUCCGUGCAGCCCCGCCAGCCUUGGUGGGUUGGUUGCAGCCCAGUAUGGCGGACUUGUUUAGUUUCAAGGCUAAACUUCGUCAGCAGGCUAGUGAGACUCUACAGAAGAGGCAGACGGAUAUGGACUUCAAGGAAAUGGGUUCUAUCUUCGAUGCUCUGGUUAGUCCUCACGUUCCGCCCGAGGAAAAAACCUUGAAUCGUUUGGAGGAUGAGUCCGCUUUGUUACUGGGUGCUGGCACGGAGACUACUGCACGCGCUAUAUCUAUGUCUAUGUUCCAUCUCAUUAACAACAAGGACAUCGCAACCAAGUUGCGCGAGGAGCUGCGGACUAUUCUGGAGACGCCUACCUCGAAGGCCUCGUGGACUCAACUUGAGCAGCUCCCUUAUCUCACGGGAGUUGUCAACGAGGGCCUUCGCUUGAGUCACGGCAUGACCGCACGUCUAGCUCGCGUUUCGCCCAACGAGCCAAUGCUCUACAAGAAUUGGGUCAUCCCAGCGGGUACUCCGAUCAGCCAGUCAAACUACUUUGUGCACAUGGACUCGACCUUGUUCCCCGAGCCAGAGAAAUUCGACCCAGAACGAUGGGUCCGCGCCGCAGAAAACGGCGAGUACCUCAGUCGAUUCAUCGUCGCGUUCACCAAGGGAAGCAGACAAUGUCUGGGAAUGAACCUCGCCUACGCCGAGAUUUACAUGUGCCUGGCCCACAUCAUGCGUCGCUUCGAUUUCGUUCUUCACGAGACCACGAUUGAUAACAUCGCUGUCUACCGGGAGCUGGGAAUCGGCUACCCGAAAGAAGGCUGCUUCAAUGUCAAGGCCAAGGUCGAGGCCAUUGUGAAGGAAUGA